AUGGGUUACCUACCAUGGACCAAGUCCCUGGAGAAAAAUGACUGCCCCACUCCAAGUAGUAUCAAAGACAAACCUCUUCAGACACAGGCAGUCACCAAGGAACAGCACUGUGGUCUAAUUACUGACAACAUGCAACCAGUGCCACUGAAGAUCAUCUUAGUAACCUUGUCCAUCAAUGACUUUGUGGCUAGUGUCUCUGCAACCUUAAAUUAUGAGAAUGAGGAGAAAGUCCCCUUGGAGGCAAUCUUUGUGUUCCCCAUGGAUGAAGACUCUGCUGUCUACAGCUUUGAAGCCUUGGUGGAUGGGAAGAAAAUUGUGGCCGAAAUGCAGGAAAAGAUGCAGGCCCAUAGCAUCUAUGAGGAUGCCCUCUCCCAGGGCUACGAAGCUUACUUAUUGGAAGAGGAUGACUACUCCAGGGAUGUCUUUUCUUGCAAUGUUGGGAACCUCCAGCCUGGGGCCAAAGUGGCAGUGACCCUGAGGUAUGUGCAGGAGCUGCCUCUGGAGACAGAUGGGGCCCUGCGCUAUGUGCUCCCAGCCAUCUUGAAUCCAAGAUACCAACUCUCUGAACAGUCAGUGGAGAGUUGCUUGAAUAUAAAGACUCCUAUGGUCCCUUUGGAGGAACUUCCAUACACACUCAGCAUGUUUGCUACCAUCACUUCCCAGCAUGGCAUUGAGAGGGUCCAGUCCAACUGCUCCUUGAGUCCUAUGCAGUACCUGGCUGAUGACAAGACAUAUGCUCAGGUUUCCUUGGCUGAAGGACACAAGUUUGACCGGGAUGUGGAACUCCUGAUUUACUACAAUGAAGUGCACAGCCCCAGUGUAGCUGUGGAGAUGGGGAUGCAGGACAUGAAGCCAGAUAGUUUGAUGGGAGCUCCUUCUUCAAUGGUGAGCUUCUAUCCAGACAUCCCAGAAAUGGAGCUCUCAAAGGCCUGUGGAGAAUUUGUGUUCCUCAUGGACCGCUCAGGAAGUAUGGAAUUUCCCAUGAAUAACCAGAAUUCUCAGCCACGCAUAGAGGCUGCCAAGGAAACUCUGCUGCUGUUGCUGAAGAGUUUGCCUAUGGGUUGUUAUUUCAACAUCUAUGGAUUUGGAUCUUCCUAUGAAAAAUUCUUUCCGGAGAGUGUGAAGUACACUCAGGAAACAAUGGAGGAGGCAGUGCAAAGGGUGAAGCAUUUAAAAGCAGACCUAGGGGGCACUGAAAUCUUGACAUCACUCUGCGCUAUUUACAAAGCUCCCUCCAUUGCUGGACAUCCCUUACAGCUCUUUGUCUUCACAGAUGGAGAAGUUGAUGACACAUUUAGUGUCAUUAAAAAAGUUCACACAGAUUUCCUCACUCCCAAAAGCAGGAAACAGCCAGGAUAUGCAGAUGUGGCCGGGUGA